AUGUCGUUCUGGUGUGGAGUUUUGGUUGCGGUAACGACAGCGUUCUCACUGAAUGUGCUGUACCACGACUUGUUUGUCACUGAGCCCACGGAUGAUGCUAUUCCCAAGAGCUCUUUCUUGGAUCCACUAUACCCUCCCUCCGGAAACUGGGUCACUCCCAAGAGCCUGGAUUCCAUUAGCUCUCCCGAGUUCAAACUCCACCAGCCCUUCACUGCCUUGCUGCCUGCUAAACAGUCAAUUGAAAUUCAGUUUGAAGUACCAGAAGAAGAAGAAACACCAGAAAAUGAUGAAGAACCUCUCUCAGAGACUGGUCUAACAGUUAUACAAACAGAUCUAUCUGUCAUACCAACUGAGCCACCUGUCAAAAGUACUAAACAAGUAGUUUUCGACAUUGUAGACAUUGUGGACUUAGAAACAGAUUUGGAAGAAGACUACCAAGAUGAUAUAAUCAUAAAGGACGAGUUGCUGGGAGAAACGUUACAAACAUGUCCAGCAAAGGAUGGUGCAGCAGUCAACACAGAGGUUAAACAAGAAGUUGAAAUUCCUGUCAGUGAAGUCAUCAGCCUGGGAGAACAGAAUGAUAUUUCUGUCAAAGAAGAAAAUAUCACAACAAAGGAAGAGAUUCAAAAAAAAGAUCCCACACCAGACCCAGUACAAUCCCACCGACAAAACCAUCUAGAGCGUGAUGUCUUUCUACUCUUGGGAGUUCACUUGGCACUUGUCAUUUCUGUUCUAAUAAUGGGUUGUAGGUGCUUAUGUGCCCAUAAGUUUCAUGUAAACAACACUGUUGAUGUGGAGGAACUCGUGGUGACCAUAGGUUUAAUUAGCUGUAUAGUUGUUGCACUCUUUGCACUGCUAGGAGCUACCAUAAUUUUAUUCAUCCGUAUAUUGCUGGCAAAGUUCCCAUAGCUGUACUUUACCUUUCCAAAGCAAUAAAUCAUUUAGUUGGACAAAACAACUUUCAAAAUUCUUUUGUUUAGUGUAGAUUGCCAAC